GUAUUUGAUGCUGGUGACUACUUCGGUAUAAUGCAAGUAGAAGAGGUGGAUGAGGAGGAAGAAGGUGAUGAAGAAAUGGAAGAAGAAUUGAAAAAGAAACCAAAUCCUGGAAGUGAACCUUGUUUCAAAGUUAUUGUAACAAAUGAGAAUGGACUUCAAGCCUCCAAUCCCAACAGCGUUUUCCUCAUCGACCAUGCCUGGACCUACCGUGUUGAACACGCCCGCCAGCAGCUGCUUCACGUCCCUGGUUUACUGCACAGAAUGACAAAUCUCAUGGGAAUCGACUUUCACGGAGAGAUCCCAGACGAGGGCAGUAUUGAGCAAGUGUUGCAGGAAAUGUGGAAAUACAACCAGACCUACCAGCUUUCUCAAGGGACUGCUGAGGAGAAGGUGCCUGUCUGGUACAUUAUGGAUGAAUUUGGAUCACGCAUUCAGCAUUCAGAUCAGCCGAGCUUUGCAACAGCACCUCUGUUUUAUAUGCCUCAACAAAUUGCUUAUACUGUUCUCUGGCCUUUGAGAGACCUCGAAACUGGUG